GGCUGGUCGAGCCUGCGGGCGCUUCCAGUGUCGCGUUGGCGGCGGGGGGGCGGGAGCGGGGGGGAGGGGCAGCCAUGACCAACGUGUACUCCCUGGACGGGCUGUUGGUGUUCGGGCUGCUCCUGGUCUGCACGUGCGCCUACCUGAGGAAGGUGCCCCGGCUGCGCUCCUGGCUGCUGUCCGAGAGGAGGGGGCUCUGGGGGGUCUGCCACAAGGCCGCCGUGAUCGGGACCCGCCUGCACGUGGCCGUGUCUGUGUCCUGCCUCCUCAUGGCCUUCUACGUCCUGGUGGGGAAGUGACCCCAGGGGGACCCUCCUGGGACCUGGCACCAACCCCAGAGACCCCCGGGGACCCCCUUGAGACCUGGCACUGACCCCAGAGACCCCCAGGGAUCCACCUGAGACCCCAAGUCUGACCCCAAUGCUGUUGUACCAACCUGAGACCCUGGGACUGACCCCAGAGACCCCAGGAUCGACCCUGAGACCCUAGGAUGGACCAGAGCUCCCAGUCCUGAUCCUGGUAUCCCAGUACCAACUGUAGAGACCCCAGAAUUGACCUGAGACCCCAGUACAGAGCCCAGGACCAACCAGAGACCCCUGAACUGAUCCUGGAAACCCCAGAAACCCCAAUACUGAUCUGAGACCCCUGGUACCAACCCCAGAGCCCCCAGUAUGGAUCAGAGACCCCAGUGCUGACCUGAGACCCCUGGUCCUGACCCCAGAGCCCCCAGUGCUGACCACAGUGCCCCAGCCCAGACCCUGCGUGUGGUGGUUCCAGGACCACCAUGGUCCAUGACCCUCCUCCAUCCCCCAAGGGCAGCCCUGGGGGGGACACUGGGGCACCUUGAAACCCUUGGAAAAGUAUUUCCUGGGAAUUCUCCGGAGCAGGGGGUGAGGAACCCCCCAUAAGCCCCCAGGGGUGGGGGGGUAUCCAGCUGUGCCCCCUGAGCACCAAACCCUGUCCUGUGGGUCUACGAGGGGCUGGGGGUCCCACCCUCAUCAGGGGAGUCUCCCUUCACCCCUGGAGUUGGGGCCCCUCGAGGGGGUCUCCCCUCUGUCCUGGGGGGGGUGACCCUCCCCGUUUGUAAAUACCAUGUGUAAAUAAAGUGGGGUCUCCCCUGUGGGCA